AUGUUCAUAACAACAGAACAACAUCCUCUAGAUAAAGUUGGACAUCUUCCAGAUGUUAAAACCUUCAUAAUGAAACUUGAUCGAUUUUCAGUGCGUAGGAAGGUGGACGACGAUAUAUCAGGCUCAUCCCUGGUCGACUUCAGCGAACUGACAACCGAAUACACCGACCUCGAGAUAACAGAAACUGUGAUGUAGAUGAUAGGUAGAUGAUAGAUAGAGAUGGAACAUGGAAUAUUUUUUACCGAAUUCUUAGUGAACGCCAUGAUAUGGAAUGAAAUGAAAUUAUAACAGAGCCUCGAUAAUCCUGACUCUAGAACACCUAUGUAAUCCCUUUACGUACUCACAAUUUGGGUGCAGGAUUAUCAGGGUUCACUGCAAUUGAUCUGAUUGUAACGCU